AUGGAUUCUUCCGUGAAGUCCUUCAAUCCGAACAAGCAUUUGAAAGAACAAUUUGUGAGCAACUUGACAGGAUCUUCCAUGCUUGAACUCUUCGUACUCUCAACUAUGCUACCUGUUGUGGUACUCAUACGCCGUUCCAUCGGCUCUGUUCCCACAGAUACCACAUCCAAGAAAAAUGACAAUCCUGUUGUUAAUUCUAAAAAAUGGAAAGGGUACUUCACGACAAUGACUCUGGAUUUCCUCUUCCUUGUUCUUCCUGUCUUAUUACUUUCCACUGUUCUAGCAGAAUGGACCUAUAUAAAUGCAAUUUUUGUGAUGCUACUACUGGUUUUCUGCAUUGCUGCUCAGAGAUUUGGGUCUUCUGUUUUUCAGGAAGAUGGGAUCCGUUCUCUUAGGAGUAAUAUCUCAUCGUAUAGAGUUUUGAUGAUGCUCGUGACAUGCUUGUGUAUUUUGGCUGUUGAUUUCAAAAUAUUUCCUAGAAGAUAUGCUAAAACUGAGACUUAUGGUACUAGUUUGAUGGAUCUUGGGGUGGGCUCCUUUGUGUUGGCAAAUUCAUUGGUUUCGCAACAAGCCAGAGGCAUCUCGAGAAUGAAAUUGAGAAAUGUGCUUCAAUCUACUAGCCCACUAAUUUUUCUAGGGUUUGCUCGACUUGUUUUCACGGCAGGGGUGGACUAUCAGGUUCAUGUUGGAGAGUAUGGUGUACACUGGAAUUUCUUCUUCACACUUGCUGCUGUUGCAAUCUUAACAUCAAUAAUCAAUGUUCCAACAAAUUAUUGUGGGAUUCUAGGCUCCUUUAUUCUAAUAGGAUACCAAGUUUGCCUAUUGCAUGGGUUAAAUGUGUAUCUGCUUUCUGACAAAAGGGGAACAGACAUCAUUAGCCAAAACAAGGAAGGGAUUUUCAGUAUAUUUGGAUAUUGGGGUCUGUAUCUUAUUGGUGUCCAAUUGGGCAGCUAUCUUUUCUUUGGAGAUUGCUCCAAUACCAUAUUGAGGACCAAUAAAUGGGCGAGGAUUAGAGUUUGGAUUCUUUUUCUUUUGUUCUGGUUGUUAACUUUGCUUCUAGACAAUCAUGUUGAAAAAGUUUCCCGGAGAACGUGCAACCUGGCUUAUGUAACUUGGAUAUUGGCUCUAAACCUUCAGGUUUUAGCAGUGGUAAUGCUUUCUGAUUAUAUACCUGGACAUAAUAUUUCAAAACUGGAAGAAGCAUUCAACCGAAAUUUGCUGGGAUCAUUUCUCCUGGCAAAUGUGCUUACAGGGUUGGUAAACUUAAGUGUUGAUACCCUGUUCGUUUCCUCAGUUCAAGCCCUUGCCAUCUUGCUUCUCUAUGCAUUCGUUUUAUCUGUUGCCAUUGGAUUUGCAGAUUUUUAUGGAAUUAAGUUGAAGUUUUGGUAGAAUUGACCUUCGCCGAAAGAAUUGUAUUUAUGUGAUUUGCAACAUUAUGAAUGGACAGUUUCAUCCUGAAUGACUUUUUGACCACUUUGGUUUGAUUUCUGUAAAUCCAGUGUAUUGAGAUGGG